AUGGAUGGUUUCAGUACACAUAUCCAGCCGCCCCCUGAGUACAUCAGCGUCAAAUGGAUAUCUGAUAUUUUUGUACUCGGCAUGGGACUUGGAUGGGGCAGCCACUAUGCUGUGAUGACCUAUGUCUCUAUCAAAGACCGGACAUAUUGCUUGAAUAUCAUGGCUCUCUGUGCUGACUUUGCAUGGGAAGUUGUGUAUGGUUUUGUUUAUCCAUCUAAUGACUGGGCCGAGAGGGUCGUGAUUUUCGUGGCACUGCUUGUCAACAUCUUUGUGAUGUAUGCCGCCAUCCGCGCGACUCCGAACGAGUGGCAGCAUUCUCCUCUAAUUAUGCAAAAUUCCCUGCUGGUAUUUGUGGCCACGACAGCGCUAUGGCUGGCCGGCAUGCUUUCCAUGGCUGCUCAACUAGGACCAGCUCGCGCCUAUAGCUUUGGUGCUAUUCUAUGUCAGAUGCUGAUCAGUGUCGGCCAAGUCUGCCAGCUGUUGAGUCGAAACAAUACGCGCGGAGCAUCGUACACGCUUUGGUUAACACGGUUUCUCGGGUCGAUAUCAACAAUAGUAUUCGUCGCCCUUCGAUAUUUUUACUGGCCGGAGGCUUUCGCCUGGAUAGCUGGGCCAUUUGUUUUGUGGACAGUGGUAGUGUUUUUUGCUUCUGAACUCAGCUACGGCUACUGCCUCUAUCGUAUCAAGCGUCAGGAAAUGGAUUCGGGCAAAUUCCAGUAUAAGAGGAAGUGAAAGGUGGCUGGGGCUUGUUUGUGUGUGUUCCCAUGCGGCGUCCGGAGGGUACUCUCGAACCCUGAAAUCCCCCUCACGGGAGUCG